CCAGGGGGACCUCCGUUGUAGGUCCGUAGUGGAGUCCGCUUUCUCUCGGUCGUUCUCCUUCCAUGUCCAAGAUGGCAACACUGAGUGUAAACAAAAUCGGGUCUGGCUCUGGGAUGGAUGCCGGGAACAGACACAGCCGAAGUUCGGCGGGGCCUGUUGUGAAGGUUUUGGAAUGUGGAGUCUGUGAAGAUGUGUUUUCAUUGCAAGGAGACAAAGUUCCCAGACUUCUUUUAUGUGGUCAUACUGUCUGUCAUGACUGUCUUACUCGACUUCCUCUCCAUGGCAGAGCAGUUCGGUGUCCUUUUGAUCGACAAGUUACUGAACUAGGUGAUUCUGGUGUCUGGGGAUUGAAAAAAAACUUUGCUUUGUUGGAACUCCUGGAGCGAUUGCAGAAUGGAUUGGGUGGUCAGUGUGGAACAAUUGAAGAAACUAUUGGCCUAUCUGGAGAGUGCAUCAUCCGAUGUGAUGAAGAUGACACUCAUGUGGCUUCUGUGUACUGCACUGUUUGUGCUACUCACCUGUGUACAGACUGUUCCCACCUUACACAUUCUACAAAAACAUUAGCAAAACACAGACGUGUGCCCCUUGCUGAUAAGCCACAUGAAAAGACGAUGUGUUCUCAGCACCAAGUGCAUGCCAUUGAAUUUGUGUGCUUGGAAGAAGGUUGUCAGGCCAAUUCUCUUAUGUGUUGUGUUUGCAAAGAAUACGGAAAACACCAGGGUCAUAAACACAGUAUUUUGGAACCAGAAGCAAAUCAGAUCCGUGCUUCCAUUUUAGAUAUGGCUCACUGUAUAAGAACUUUCACAGAAGAAAUCUCAGAUUAUUCUCGGAAACUAGAUGGAAUUGUACAACAGAUAGAAGGAGGAGAACAGAUCUUUGAAGAUGGUAUAGGAAUGACCCAUACAGAACAUGUUCCAGGCACUGCAGAGAAUGCUCGGUCCUGUGUCAGAGCCUAUUUUUCUGACCUUCACGAGACACUUUGCCGCCAAGAAGAAAUGGCACUUAGUGUGGUGGAUGCACAUGUGCGAGAAAAAUUGAUCUGGCUUAGGCAACAACAAGAAGAUAUGACUAUCCUGUUGUCACAGGUUUCAACAGCAUGUCUUCACUGUGAAAAGACUUUACAGCAGGAUGACUGUCGAGUUGUUUUGGCUAAACAGGAAAUUACAAGGCUUUUAGAAACAUUGCAGAAACAACAACAACAAUUUACAGAACUUGCAGACCACAUUCAACUUGAUGCUAGCAUUCCAGUUACUUUUACAAAGGACAAUAGAGUACACAUUGGACCAAAAAUGGAGAUUAGAGUGGUGACCCUUGGAUUAGACGGAUCAGGCAAAACUACGAUUUUAUUUAAACUAAAACAAGAUGAGUUCAUGCAACCCAUUCCAACCAUAGGUUUUAAUGUUGAGACAGUAGAAUAUAAAAACCUGAAAUUCACUAUUUGGGAUGUAGGUGGAAAACACAAACUGAGGCCUUUAUGGAAACAUUAUUACCUCAAUACACAAGCCGUGGUCUUUGUCAUUGAUAGCAGCCAUAGAGACAGAGUCAGCGAGGCACACAGUGAACUUGCCAAACUAUUAACAGAGAAGGAACUGCGUGAUGCUUUGUUACUGAUCUUUGCCAACAAACAGGAUGUGCCAGGGGCACUUUCAGUAGAAGAAAUCACAGAAUUACUGAAUCUCCACAAACUUUGCUGUGGUCGUAGCUGGUACAUUCAAGGUUGUGAUGCCCGAAGUGGCAUGGGACUUUACGAAGGACUGGAUUGGCUUUCAAGGCAUCUGGUAGCUGCAGGUGUACUGGAUGUGGCUUAAGAGAGCUAGUAAGCAUAAAGAUCAGUUAUUUAUUUAUGUGAAUUGAUAUGGUCAGAUGUGAACUUCAUCUAAACCUGUUACUCCUUAAAAAGGUUUUGUUGGAAUGCUAGACUGAAGCACAGUGUAGGUAUACUUUGUGUAAAUUACAGUAACCAAAUAGAGUGAUAUAACGUAUUUGUGGGAAAGGUGCCUUAAUUUCUUUUAAAGAAAUUUGAACUGAGGAUCUUCAGCCUUCCCUAUUAAACAUCCUUCACUCAGGAUUUAGCGUCUAUUUAAUUUCACUUCUUUCAGUGAUGGCCUUGCUGCAUCCACUUGUUCUCUCAGAUUUGGGUGCAUGUAUAACCUUUGUUUCACAUUACCAACAUAGUUUACUACAUAUUAAAGUGAAGCAGGAAUUGAACUGCACAAAAGCUUGGUUCUGGUUAAUAGCUCUUGCUCUUAAAACAAAAUUCAAGCCCAUGUCUAUACUACUAUACUAAUAAAAUUUUUCAUUUGUGCUAUAGCCUUACUAUUGCUUUUAUUUACUUCUUUUAUUCUUAUUUUAUUCAAUUUGCAUGUUGCUUUUGUGGGAACUCUUCUCUGAUAUUAAAUUAUACAUUUUUGCAAAUACCAUUUAGGUACAAUUUCCUAUAAGCAUAGGAUUUUUUAUUUGUACCUUGGAAAAGCUGUUGUGCUAAUCAGAGACUUACUUAUUACUGUUAUUAUUCUGCAAAUGUGGCUUACAAAGUAUAUAUAAUGAUGCUGCCUCUAAAAAUGGCAUUAAUAUAACAUACAAGUUCAUGUUAAUUUUUAGAUACAUUUAGAAAUGUCUAAUGUACAAAUGUUCCAUCUAUUCAAAGUUGAUAUUUAAAGCAUUAAGUUUAAUAUCUGACAGUUUGAAAAGUUAUUCUAUAAGCUGUUUAUCAGGUGAAAUUUCUUUACAAAUAUAUUGUGUGCUUUAAUUGCACACAAUCUGUUGACUUUAUAACUUGUUGAAAUCAUAUAGCCUAUUUAAUUGGUGGUUAAUUUUUCAUGCACACAUUGCUUGUUACUGUGUGCUUUCGAUAAGUUAUGAUUAGCCUUGAAAACGCAGAAAAAAUAACAGUAGUGAAAUAGGACCUCAACUAAUGUAGUUGAGAUGAGAAGUUUAAAAACUAAUAGUGCAGGUUGUAGCAAAAAUUAAAUAUUCAGCAAACCAUUUGUUCAACUCUAGAAAGGACAG